AUGGCGCGAUGGGAGCCGGAGGCGCUGUCGACCCGCGGGCCGCUCUGCGAGUUGUGCGCGCCUCAGGAGGAGCCGAGGACGGCGGCGUGGACCUGCCUGACCUGCCUGAGCUCGUUCUGCGGGGCCCACGCGCGGCCCCACCCGGGCGCGGAGGACGCUGGCGGCGUGGCCGGCCCGGCUUUCCGAGGCCACCGCGUGUGCCCGGCCGAGGAGGCGGCGGAGGAGCUGCGGAGCCUGCGGGAACUGGCGCGCUCGUGCGCAGACCACCGCGGCCGCCCCUUGGAGCUCUUCUGCGAGGAGUGCGCGCUCUGCGUGUGCGCGCUCUGCCCGGCGCUGGGCCCCCACCGCGGCCACCGGGUCAGCCUCAUCGCCCAGGCGGCCGGACGGAAACAGGCGAUCAUGGCGUCAUAUCUGAAGCAGUUAUCAAUGAAGAAGCAGCAGGAGAUUGACAACACGAAGCAUAUUGAAAAAGCUACUAAUGAACUUAAGGCACGCACGUCAGCAAGUAAAACCUGGUUGACGGGGAAGUUUGCGGAAAUCUGCCGAUUGUUUGAGGAGGAAGAGGCACUGGCCAAAAGAUACAUAGAGGAGAAGGGACAGCAGACCCUGAGGAGGUACGAAGAGCAGAUGGAGGAGAGCGAGAGGCAAAUACGGAUCGUAGACAGCUUCUCGGACAGGAUCAGACAAAUUCAGCUGCGGCCAGACCCUCUUUGUUUACUACAGGACUAUGCCACCAUAGAGAAGGAAAUAGCAAAGCAAAAGACCCCCACAGAGCAGUGGGUAGCAGUGCCAGUCUCAUUUGAGCACCUUGCCAACCACUUCAGACGCUUUGUGGAGACCAUUCAGUCCAUCUUGCGGAAGCCGCUCGAAACACGACUCAAGGAAGAUGUUUUCAGCAGCCUUGACUCCACUUUGAAGGAGCCCGGUGUCUUGCUGAAAGUGAACUCUCGCGUCGAUCGGUUGCUCUUUCUAAAACAUGCAAGAUCCCCCACACUGGAGUUUGAUACUUUGCACCCCAGGUUGACGUUGUCCGAGGACCUUCUUUCCAUAAGCUACUUCUGGAGGAGGAGGUUUUAUGCCUCAAAUCCACAGAGGUUUGACAGCCUCUGGCAGGUUUUGAGCAGAGAUUCUUUCUGCGCCGGGAGUCAUUACUGGGAGGUGGAUUUGCUCCAAGCUGGCCAAGGAUGGUGGAUCGGGGCCGCUUACCCUUCCAUCAAGAGAAAAGGAGACUCCGAACUUUGCCGGCUGGGCUGGAACCGCGAAUCCUGGUGUAUCAAAAGGUUUGAUUUUGAAUACUGGGCAUUCCACAAUGGGGAAAAAAUCCCAAUACAAACAGAAAACGAUCCAGAACGAGUUGGCGUUUUUCUGGAUUACGAAGCCGGGCUCCUGUCUUUCUAUAAUGUGACAUUCGGGAUGGCACACCUGCACACCUUCCGCUCCAAGUUCACUGAGCCAGUUCGUCCAGCACUGAGGUUGUGGGAAGGGACUAUAACCAUCCGUAAGCUAUCCUGA